ACAGGAAACAUCAAAGCUGGAUUAGAACAUCUGACUCCUGCAGAACAGGCCAAAGCUCGUCUCCAGCUGGUGCUUCAGGCUGCAGCUAAAACCGAUGAAGUGCUGAAAGCAAAGGAGAGUAUGAGAGAGGAAAAGACAAAGGAGGAAGAGGAAGUGUCUCUCGCCGAGCAGGUGAGGAGGAUAAAGGAUAUCGAGGCCAUUGAGAGCGACUCUUUUGUUCCUCAGGCUUUCAAAUCAUCUCGGAAUGCCACCAAGGUGACUGAAGCUUCAGAGAUGAAGAACGAGGCAGAGACUAUAAAAGAGGAAGUCACCCUUCUGCCCAGCUCCAUCACCUACAAUGACAGCAACACCCUGGCUCACCCUAACCUCUUCAUGGAUAAAGAGGAGGCAGAGCGCUUGUGGUUGAACAGACUGAUCUCUCUGCGUCAGGAGAGGCUCAUGGGGAGUCCAGUAUCCUGACCAGAUCCAGCUUCCUCACACCUCCAAACCCCUGUAGAUGUGGACUUACAUCUCUCAAAAGGAGCAAGUGCUCCACCUGCUGGUUUCUAUGAGAAAUCUGAUCCAGAAUUCAGCAUGUGAUUAUUCUCAAUCUUUGAUUAUUUUACUUCAUACUAACUGAUAAUGGUAGUAUUAAGGUUUAGAAGUAAUUUACACAAAAUUUGUCAUUUUUUUUAAGCUUGGGUAGACAUCCUACUCCUCAUUAUGAAUGAUGAUUGUAUUUAGUGUGUGUUGGGUGUUGUUGUUGUUUCUUUUUUCAAAAUAAAUGACUGAUGA